AUGGUAGUUUCUGAUUGCGUUUCAUCAAUUCGAAUAUAUUGUUCAGACCAACGUGUUUGUUUACACCCUCAGCCGGAUAUUUGGUGACAUUGCGCAGAAAGGAGGUUUAUAUUAUGCCUUUUACUUUCUGUUCGCCUUCACAUUGGUUCCAUCUAUCCCUUUUGUCGUUGCCAUGUCCUACAUAGCUUCGAAAGAUAAUGUGAGAGCCCUUUUGCAUCCUUUAAUUAGAGCUACUUGGUAUGAGAUCACUGGUUGAUUGUGAUAUUCAAUGCAUUGCAAGGUACACCUAUUUCUGUUUUUAUGAAUAAAACAUUUAAUUUCAAUUAUUCUGAAUAUCAUACGUCUCUUAAAGGUAAUACGUCACAGAGUGGGUUUCACGUUUAAGAACAUGAAAAUCACCUGCCUUCUCAAGCAAAUCACGGUGAUUCUUUGCCAGGGUAAUAAUAUAUAUUUUGCCGUUCUAGCGCACCUUUUCGACCAUCCUCAAUUUUCUGAAUGUACUCUUUCGCUAGACAUUUAACCUUUCCCCUUCCAUUUCCUUUUUGAUUGUAGCUACUACAUGUAGUCACACUUCUAUUUUUCACUUAUCUCUGUGCUUUUAAUUCCUCUUGUGAUUUUUUUGUAAUAAAGUUUUAUUCGACAGAAAAUACGUUCUCUAGAAUAAUAAAUCUCUAAUCAAUUGAGGAUAGAUCAGUUUCGCUGAACUGGCGCAGUUCCUUUUACAUGUGUUUCUUUAUUUUUAGGUUGAGUAAUGAUGUUUGCACAAAAAUUGUUUUUUUAAAUGAUAAAUUACGUUAAAUAACGAUGUUUUCCGAAUAACGAGUUCAGGCAUUGCGUAUUCCCGAUUUUCCGUCAAAUUCCAGCUGGAAUUUGAGUGGAUGGAGCGCACUUGCAUCGCCUCCCAAAUUGUGUCGGACAUUUACGUCAGAGUAAGAAUCACCGUGAGCUCUCUUCACUGAAACAAACCAGACUUGAGCAGUUUCCCGAAUGGAAGCCUAUCUUUUGCUUUUUGAUGACAACUCUUUGGCGAGUAAAUAUAAGUUUGCACCAGGACAAACUGAACUCAUUUUCAUCAAGACAAUAUUAGGUUUUGUGGACGUUAUCAGCAAUGUUUCGUUCGUUUUUCUUCUCAUAUUUCGAAGAUACAAGAAAAGCACAGAGAAAGUACAUGAUUAUCAUGAACCGAUAUUCCGUCAACUGUUUAUAAUUUCUGCUUUUAUCAUCAUCUAUCGAAACUUUCUAAACUUUCUAUCUUGGUUUUGUUCGCUUGAUUCAACGGUUGUGGCGAACAGCUAUAUUUUCAUGCUCAAUAUGAUAUUAAUGCUCUCAAGUUCUCUUCUUUUUUACCUAAAUGACUUUCUAAUCAAUAUUGUCCUUUUGCUUUCAUUUCUGGCUGCUUUCCAACGACUCUUGAUUGUGUAUUAUGCCGAAUACAAGUAUUUGGUCACUGGGUGAGAGCAUGGGUCGAUCGAAUACAAAAACCAUUUCAGAAAGUACUUGUACUGCUUAAUUCUGAUUGUCUGGUGCUUACCAAUGCACUAUUAUUGGCUAGCUUUGAGUGAGUUCCCCUAUCGUUCUGUACUUUUCACAGUGAAUUGACAGUGGAAUGUGGUGACGUCAUAAUUAAAACGCAAACCGAGUGCCCAAAUGUCUUCUACACUAUCCUCAUUUACAUUUAUCGUGCUAUUUUUUUGUUUGUGAUCUUCGCAACUAUGCUGAUAUACCGUCACUUUUACAAACUUCUCUCAAAGUUGACAGUUGUCGAAAACUAUCACAGACAUCGUUUGCUUUAUCAAUUCGUACCAAUUCACACUGUCCUUAUGGUAAGUCCUUAGUCGUUCAUAUGAUACUCAAAUAUAUUUAUCAGAUGAAUUUGCUCAUUUACACCCUCACUCUGAUAAUUGGUGACCUAGCACAGGAAGAUAAUUUAUAUGUUAUUUUUUACUUACUGUUCGCCUUCACAUUGGUUCCUGCCAUCCCAUUCGUCAUUGCCAUGUCCUACCUAGCUUCGAAAGAUAAUGUGAGAGCCCUUGUGGUGCCUAUUUUGCAAUCUACUUGGUAUGGAUGA